AAUCAUUCAUCGAAAACGCAUUGUCUGCCAUAGUCUGAUCGAACAAAUUUGUGCUAGUUAAGACUACUUUUAUGCGAAACAAUAAACGGAACGUUCUUUUUAUCGAAAUAUGGAUUGGUCAGACAAUUCCGCUGUUAACAUUUGUGGCAAGUUGCAUGUAUACAUGAUUAUACACAAGCCUUUACACGACUAAAUACAUAUGUUUACAUCAAUUAGCAAUCAAGUGAAAACGGCAAGCGCAGAGAUCAAAGAACUGAAAGUUGAAUUUCUAAACAAGCUGUGGUGGAUAGCCGCGCGUAUGGAAGGCUGACCAGCGCGGAGCUGAACUAGAUUCUUUCCAAGAACCCCAUUAAAACGGUACGCGGCAGCAUUUUCUUAUUUCUUUCAUCAACAAGAAAGUCUAGAAUUUCCAGCUAGAAAUCGCAAAUGACCAAAGCAAAAAGUUGAGCUUUGCUGGGGCGCUGCACAACUUACCGCAUCAGUCGGCGAUCGCGCACAAAACCGCACAGAAGUGCAACGCGACGACACAAAUUCAGAGAUCUUUGUUUUACUAGGAAAAAAUUUACAUGAAAGGUUCUUUCAAAAAUGGCGCUCAUCAACUCUCAAUUCAUUUCGACAAUUAUUGUUGUUGUGCUAGUCGCGCGCACCAAUCAAGAGCGUUUGAGCGAGAGCAGCGCGCCUACGCAAAUUAACGCGGAAGGUGUUGAAAAGUGUGGUAGCAGCAGUGACUCCGUUUCAAGCGCACGCCACACUGACGAGCUGAUAAAAAGUGUGCCAUACUUUCAGGCGUCACUGCCGAUGCGCGUGUACGAGUGCUUACGCCUCUUUAGCAUUUUGCGCUGCACGAAAUUGUUUAUUUUGCAAAAAAUGGAGGAGCGCAAUACGAUAAAUCACAGUGGCAACUUAACACGCGACUUUCUCGAUCAAUUUAUUGACACGGAAGACGAGGUGGGCAGCCUGAUUGAUAACAAGUAUGCGAAUAUGACGGAUGAGAAGCUGAAUCAUUGCUUGGUUCUGCGUUUUCAGCGCUUCUUCAAGCAUCGCGACAUCAAAUUGCAUUUCCUGCCGGGAGUAAUGGUGAAGAUCGUGCCCAGUCGCGACAACAAGCUGAGCUUCACACUGAGAAAGAGCAAAAAAAAUAAAAAGCAAGCCGUGCACUCGAGUGGACGCGCCGGCAAACUUGUCGAGGAAAUCGAUGAAACGCUGGGCCUAACCGAACCAACAAAAGAAACACAUUCGGUUGAAUCCGCGCUAACAAAGCAAAGCGUUUUAGGUUUAGGCGGCGCUGGCCUUGGUGGUGUUGGUGGAAUACGGCGCAAAAAUAAGAAGGGGUCCUCCUUUGCUACUUACAAGAACACAAUUCUUCAAAUGGCCGUGCCUGUUAUGGUCAUGCCCGCCAUUCUACUGGGGUCGGUAUUGCCAUUCCUAUUGCCCAUGCUGAAGUUGGCCACCAUAAUGUCGAUGAUGUUGAAUAAUAGUGCUUUUAUUGCGGCGCUCAUUUAUGCCGCGCGCACACACGCGAACGCGCAGGACGAACAGCAAAUCAGCUAUCCUCCACAAGGUUACUUUUAGUGAAAUUUGUAUUAUUAAUGAGUUUUGAAAAUGUUUGUAUUAAUAAAAUUUGAAGUACGUAGUUGGGUUACUAACGUCCAUCA